AUGCCUCCCUUUUUAGUCCAUGGCCACAAAGACCAUCAAUACACGACUGAUGCUCUCUCACUCCAGAUCUCGAGGGGGUCUACGCUCGUAGGACAUCGUCCAGAAAUUACAGAUCUACACGCAAACUUCGAGGGUAGAGAGUUCUACGAUCCCCAUGCAACAUGGACUUCUGAAGAAGAAUCAAGAGUCAAGUCAAAGACCGAUAGAAGGCUUCUUGCCUGGCUAUCACUUAUGUUCUUCGCUGCGCAACUUGACUCUACGAAUAUACAAAACGCCCUUGCCGACAACUUUCUCCAUGACCUAGGAUUCACCAUGACAGAAUAUGGCAAUGGUACGAUGAUACAUCGCAUAUGCUACCUGGUUGGGGGGCUACCUGGCCAAAUGAUCGCCAUGCGUUAUGGCUACCAAUACCUCUUCCCCGGAUUGAUGUGUGCAUGGGGAGUUGUUGCCUGGACGCAAGCAUGGAUGCAGAGCGAAGCUGGAUUUUACGUCACAAGAGGGAUUAUCGGAUUGCUUGAAGGAGCUUUCAGUCCUCUGACAGUCAUGUGCUUGUCCAACUUUUACACUAACACGGAGCUGGGCUUUCGAGUUGCAAUACUAAGCUCUGGUAUCAACAUCGCAAAAGCGCUUUCUUCUCUACUGGCUGCUGGUUUGCUUACUAUGCGAGGAGUGGCUGGCAAGCCAGGAUGGUUCUGGUUGAUUCUGAUCAACGGUUUACUGAUCUUCAUGAUCGGCCUUGUGAGUUUAUUCUACCUGCCAUCAGGGCCGACACGAACCCAAACCGUUCUUUGGAGGAAGCCUUGGUUCUCGGAACGGGAGCAGAUGAUCAUGAUCAACAGGCUACUUAGAGAUGACGCAUCAAAAGGAAGGACGGAUACAAAGGCGCACACGAGCAUGCGCGACAUCUGGAAUACUAUCAGAGAUCCCGGACUCGUCGGUUUCUGGUUUUGUGCAUCAGUGAUAUACAUACCCAAAAGCCCUGUCUCCCAGUACCUCGUACUCAACUUGAGGCAACUUGGCUUUUCGAGAUUCGAAAGUACCGUCUUGACCAUACCCUCGGACGUUCUUCGCGUCAUUACAGUGCUUGCCCUCACACGAAGCAGUGGUCACUUCAAGGAGAAGGCAUUUCACUGUACAAUACCAACGUGUAUAGAGAUACCCUUGUUCGCAACCCUGUUACUCCUACCUUCGCACGGCUAUGCUUGGGCGAGAUUUGCAGUUCUUACCCUGAUAAUCGGUGCGCCCAACUCUCAUCCCAUCAUGGUCUCGUGGAUCAGUUGCAACAGCUUUGAUCCAAAGAAACGCGGUAUAGCUAUUGCCUUGUUUGGCACAAUCCAUGAGAUCGGUAGUGUUGCAGCGGCACAAAUCUACAGGGAAAAAGACAAGCCAUACUACUACACUGGCAACAAGGUUCUUAUAUCGAUCUGUGCAGCAUCUGUCGUGGUUAUAUUAUUACAUAGAGAAGUACUCAGACAUCUCAAUCGCAAGAAAAGAAAGGCUUGGGAGGAAAUGAGUGAGAUUGAGCAAAGAGACUAUGACCGAGUUCAGGGGCACAACGUCGGGAACAAAAGCCUCACUUUUGCAUUUAGCUAUUGA